ACUCGAGAGCGAACUUGAUCCUCGCGAGCUUGUAUAGCUGGUGUAAGUUGUGCUAGUAGUCGUACUGCAGCUAGAGCUCCCACUGUGGAUCCGCGCUAGGCGCCUCAUUGCGAGUCAUUCGUCGUUUGACGGCUCCCCUUCCUCGAAAAUCGACGAAUCGGUCUCGCUGGAUUGAAAGCUGGCGUGGGAAGGCCUCAGGUUCCCGUCACUCCGGCUGCGCGAAAAUCGGAAACCUUUGGAUUUCGACGAGGAAGGGGUCUUUGGUUUGAGGAAGGGUAACUGUAUUUUGGUAAUGUUACCAGAGCCCCCGCGCCCAGACGAGAUUGCAGCUACUCGGCGUUCUUCCAUGCGCUUUCGGAUCACCGCCUUCUCGUACUCUGCGACCGAUGCGGCAUGGUCAGACAGGAUGGAAGCCGUCUGCGUCAGCCCCUCGUGCACUUGAUCCCGCCACGAGGCAUGGACAUUGCCAGCGCCACCACGACCAACGGACACUGCCUUCUUGAUAGGAAGGGCAGGUUCCCUGCCGACGGGAGAUACUGGUGUGUCCGGGACAGACGCGUCUGGUUCCGAGGGAUUCUGAGAGGCAUCGGAUUUGCGUCGAAUGUUGCCGCUGCCACCGCGUCCCGACGAUCGAAACUGCCGCGUCCUGCUAGCCGUCGAGGAACUGCUUGACUCCGACGAGGCGUAGGAGUGUAUAGACCGAGUAUCCAAGGACAACGAAGAUAGAGACCUGGUAGCGACUGGCACG